AUGCAGUUCCACCUACGCCAGGCCCAGCCCAUCAUGGCCCAGAGGUGCAAUAACCGCACUCAGUGCGUUGUGGUCGCCGGCUCCGACGCCUUCCCCGACCCCUGCCCGGGCACCUACAAGUACCUGGAGGUGCAGUACGACUGCGUGCCCUACACCGCCGGCGGAGCCGCCCGAGGGAACGGCCGGGCACGGCACCGGCACCGGGACACGGCACGGGAACACGGCAGGGACACGGCACAGACACGGCAGGGACACGGCACAGACACGGACACAAACAGGGAAGGACAUGGCAGGAACACAGCAGGGACAUGGCAAAAACACGGCACAAACAGGGAAGGAACACGGCACAAACACGGCAGGGACACGGCACAAACAUGGCAGGGACAUGGCAAAAACACGGCACAAACAGGGAAGGAACACGGCACAAACACGGCAGGGACACGGCAAAAACACGGCACAAACAGGGAAGGAACACGGCAGGAACACAGCAGGGACACGGCAAAAACAUGGACAAAACCAGGGCAGGAACACGUCAGGAACACGGCAGGAACACAGCAGGGACAUGGCACAAACACGGCAGGGACACAGCAAAAACACAGACACAAACAGGGCAGGAACACGGCAGGAACACAGCAAAAACAUGGCAGGGACACGGCAAAAACACGGAAGGGACACGGCACAGACACGGCAGGGACGUGGCAAAAACAUGGCAGGGACACGGCACAGACACGGCAGGGACACGGCACAAACACGGCACAAACACGGCAGGGACAUGGCACAAACACAGACACAAACAGGGCAGGAACACGGCAAAAACAUGGCAUCGCCUCCUUCCAGUGCCUGCUGGGGCUGGGCGUGUGGAACCCCCGCGGGCCCGACCUGAGCAACUGCACCAGCCCCUGGGUCAACCAGGUGGCCCAGAAGGGAUUUCGGUGA